AUGUCCGAAUCAUCAGGUAUCCCAACCUACACAUCUGCGCCUGUGAAUCAAAACCAGAAAGAAGAAGACACCACCGCAGUCAAACCCCAGCCUCAACCCGCCACCGCAAUCGAGUCCUCUACAACUACAGCUCCCCAACCUGCAACAACCUCAGCUACAGCCACUGCACCGUCAUAUUCCCCCAUAUACGCAACAACACAGAACGCCCCGGCAUUGCCUGGCGCCGCAGCAAGCCUGCCAACUCCAACAGCAGCUCCUCAACCUCCAGGCAACCUCCAGGCAACCCCAACGACCACACUCCCCUCUGCAACUUCUCAAUCACCACCAGCGCCUCAACCAGGUGCGUUCCCAACUCCCGGAGCAGGAGCCACACCCACAGCUACCUCAUCAAUCCCCCCACCCCCCAAGGCAGGCGAAUCAAUCUCGCCCUUGCACUCCGCGCCCCAGCCCGCAGGCGCAUCUCAAACACCGUAUUCGCAAUCAUACGCCUACCAGCGCCAUCCAUCAGUAUCACACGGAGCUAUUCCAAACUCUACCUCGUCUCCGUAUUCGACUGUGUACAGCGGUUCCUCGGAAGGGGGCUCACGUUCACAUGGACUGCCUACGUACCAGAGUAACAGCAGUGGGGGUGGAGCAGGCAACAUCUUCCCUGAUGAGGAGCCUGGAAUCAUGAAUGUGGCGAAGGGUUGGAUGCAGAGUGCUGGGGAGAAGUUGGCUGAGGUAGAAGCGGAGGUUUGGAAGAGGAUUAAUGAUGCCCAUGGGAAAUAA